AUGCUAAGGACUCCUAAUAUCGAUUCUAUUUUGGUCGGCUUUCUCACUUUUAUAACUUCAGUUCUUGUUAUCGGGGAGCAUUAUUUCUUUAUUUUACUUGCUGGUUUGGUUUAUUUCGGUUUAAUUAAAUCAUUCGUGGAUUGUUUACCACAAGCUUAUGGAUCUCAAAGCAACUCCUGGUUCUGGGGCUCUCCAAAAUCUAGCCCUAAUCCCGUUAAAAAGGAGGUGGAUGUGCCUAAAAAUAGCACGCUUCAUUUUAUUAGUAAACCGUUUUUGGAUUCUCUUACGCAGAUGUGGAAAAAAAUGACAAAUGCAGAUACACCUGCUACUAAUAGCAACGACCCUUUAUCUCAAAAGAAAACAUCUGCUACCAGCAACGACUCUUUAUCUCAAAAUAAAGCACCUGCUAAUAAUAACAAAGCCUUAUCUCAGAAUGGAACACCUGCUAAUAAUAACAAAGCCUUAUCUCAGAAUGGAACAUCCCAGACUGCACGCCGUGGACUUCGCAAGUAG